AUGAGGGUAAAGCCACUCAAGGCGCUGGAGGAACAGCUGAAGGAAGUGCAGAAGCAGCAGAAGGAGUCGGUGCAGGGCUUUGCGCUCCUCAAGGAACAGCAUGAGGCGUGGCAGAGCUCUGUGGACCAGUUGCUGGCUCGCCUCACCCACGAGGAAAACAUCGCGGUGGGCCAGCGCUCCACAGAGAGCGCACGGCUCCUCGAGUCUGCGCUGCACCACGUGCAGAUGUUGGAGUUGCCAGGCGGCGAGAUGGAUGGCCCAGCAGUCACGUACGAUAUCGACCCCAGCGUGCUGGAAGCCUUCAAGUUUCAAGAGAAGGGCCCUUUGAAGAAGGUGGUCCAAGAGAUCCUAACCGACCACGCCACCAAGCGCGCUCGCACCGUGGACCUGAACGCCUGGCAGCUCAUGCGCCGCCGCGCCGAGCAGCUGGUGAACUCCAAGUGGUUCGAGUGGGCUACGGGCAUCCUCAUUCUGCUGAAUAUGGUGACCAUCGGCAUCGAAGCGGAAGUCUCGGUGACGAACCCAGGGAAUAGCCAUUGGUCCGGCGACAUGGAGCGAGGCUUCCUUGCCAUCUAUACGGUUGAGUUGGUUCUGCGGAUCCUGGCGGGGGGGCUGCAGACCUUCACCAAUGGGUGGUUCCUUCUGGACUUCUUCUUGGUCGUCGUGGGGCUCGUGGCCCUGGUGGUGGCGCCCUUUCUGUCGGGCGACUCCCUGGAGGGCAUCGAGAAGCUGCUGAUCAUGCGGGGCCUCAGGCUGCUGCGCCUGGUUAGGGCCCUGCGGAUGAUCAGCUACUUCAAGGUCAUGUGGCGCUUGGUCUACAGUUUGCUGACCGCUGGCGGCACCAUGCUGUCCACCACAGCGCUCAUGCUCUUGGCGCUCUACAUCUCUGGAUGCAUCGCGGUAGAGAUCAUCUCCAAAGACGAGGCCCUGCUGACUCAUCCGGACACGGCCCCCAUCGUGGAGAAAUAUUUCGCCAACCUCGGCACGUCCAGCCUGACCUUGCUGCAGUUCGUGACUCUGGACUCCAUUGCGGCGAUUUACUACCCGUUGAUCAUGGUGCGACCCGCGCUGAUCUUGUUCUUCCUGCCCAUCCUGCUGGUGGUGUCUAUAGGGCUCAUGAACUUGGUGACCGCGGUUUUGGUGGAGAAUGCGCUGGAGAACGCGGCCCAGGAGGCGGAGAGCGAACGCCUGCAGCUGAAGCACAAGAUCAAAGGGGCGCUGCCCACGCUGUUGGAAAUCUUCCACCUGCUGGACAAGGACUUCAGCGGUUCCAUCAGCCGAGAGGAGAUCGAGCACGUGCCCAUCGACAUUUUGCCGGCCAAGCUGCUGGACAGCGUCUCCAUCGGUAGCAUGGUGGACCUCUUUGAGCUGCUGGAUGUGGACGGCAGCGGCAAGCUUUCCCAGGCAGAGUUUGUGGAAGGCUUGCUGAACCUGGUGCUCUUGGACGUGCCCAUCUGGACCAUUCAGACCUUGAGGCUCCUAGGACUCCUCCGCACGACCACCGCCGAGAUACAGGAAGAUAUCAGGCAGCUACGAGAUAUGGCAGAGGCUGGCGCCAACCUCAACGCAAAUAGCCGCAAGACCACGGUGCGCUUGGACAAGCCCGUGGAGGGUACGUGCUUUCCGGACGAGCCCACGUGA